CAGUAUUUACAGCAUGUUUUCCUGCAUAUUUAGAGGAAAACAACUAACUGCAUCACAGUUUGGGCUGUUUAACCCUUUAAUUGAAUGCGCAUUUCUUCCAAAAGUAGGUUAAAUAUUGAAAAUAAAAAGCAUUACAACACAAGAUAAGAUAAAACAAGACAGGGCACGUCAGUAAGCCGGUUUGUCCAGAGUUUUGCUCCGACGUCUGGAUAUCCGUGUCUAUAAAUACCCGGAGUACUGCGGACGUUCUUAUCAGCCCUUCAUAUCACACAGAGAGCCACAGACCGGGUCUGCAGGACUCCCACAGACGGAUUCAACAUGCUCAGAAAGUGUCUCGUGAACGUGGGUCUGCGGAGGAACCGUCAGCGGUACCACGGUGUCCAGAGAGCCGCGGGGACUUCUGGGGACAUGCGCCACCGGGACGCAUCCUCCACCACCGUGAUGGGGGACCAGGUCAAACUGAAGACCAUGGAGGAUCUAGCCGGACCAAGUCUCCUGACCACCCUGAACUGGCUUUUUAUAAAGGGGUAUUUCAAAACGACGCAACAGAUGCAGAUAGAGCACAAGAACAUCUACGGCCCGAUGUGGAAGUCAAAGUACGGCCCUAUCGUUCUGGUAAACGUGGCCACCGCUGACCUGAUCGAGCAGGUGCUGAGGCAGGAGGGGAGACUACCCGUCCGCACGGACAUGCCUCACUGGAGGACCUACAGAGAGCUCAGGAACCAGGCCCACGGACCCCUGACAGAAAUGGGAGCAAAGUGGCAGCGCAUCCGCAGCAUCCUGAAUCCUCGGAUGUUGAAGCCCAAACACGUCUCCUCCUACACCAACACCAUCAACCAGGUGGUGACGGACUUCAUCGACAGAGCGGCCUGGCUGAGGGAAACCAGCGGAGAGGGAGUUAUGGUCCACGACCUGACGGGGGAACUUUACAAAUUUGCUUUUGAAGGGAUCUGCUCGGUGUUGUUUGAGAGCCGUAUGGGCUGCAUGAACCAGGUUGUUCCAGAGGAAACCCAAAAGUUCAUCUUCACUGUGGGGGAAAUGUUCAGGCUCUCCCCGAUCCUCGUCCUCUUCCCAAAGUCCACCUGGCCUUACCUGCCCUACUGGAAGAAGUUUGUGGCAACCUGGGAUUAUCUCUUCGAAGUCGCUGAGGAUUUGGUGCAGAAAAAAAUGAGGGAGAUCGAGGAGAAGGUGGACCUGGAUCAGAAUGUGGAGGGAGCGUACCUCACACACCUGCUGCUCAGCGAUAAGAUGACGGUCACUGAGAUCCUGGGCAGCGUCACCGAACUCCUGCUGGCAGGAGUCGACACAACAUCCAACACUAUCUCGUGGUCUCUGUACCACUUGGCGAAAGAGCCAGAAAUCCAAGAAAGGUUAUACCAGGAAGUUAUAAGAGUUUGUCCUGGAGAUAAGGUGCCAGUGAGUGAUGACAUCGCACAGAUGCCGUAUCUGAAGGCCAUCAUCAGAGAGACGCUACGGUUGUAUCCAGUAGUACCAGGAAACGCCAGACUCACAGUUGAGAACGAGAUUGUGGUGGGAGAUUAUGUCUUUCCCAAAGAGACGCUGUUCCACCUCUGCCACUAUGCCGCGUCCUAUGAUGAGAGUGUUUUCUCUGACGCCCACACCUUCCUGCCUGAGCGCUGGCUGAGAGGCGCAGAGGAGAAGUUCAAGCAGCACCCGUUUGGGUCUGUGCCUUUCGGGUUUGGGAUCCGGGCGUGUUUGGGUCGACGGCUGGCUGAGCUGGAGAUGUAUCUUCUUCUGUCCAGGUUGGUAAAAACCUACGAGAUGAGGCCGGAUCCCGCAGGAACUGAAGUGAAGCCGAUCACCCGGACCCUGCUUUGUCCAGCUACACCGAUCAACCUGCAGUUUUUUGACAGGAGAGUGGAGCAGGAGGAGCGGAGAGCUGCCCUGUGAGCUGUUUUAGUAUGCACGCUGUGAUGUCUGCCUGUUACCAAGCACUUGUUUAAAGAGCAUUCACAGACUGAGGACUGACUGGAAUGCAGCAAAACUUCAGCGUACAAUGCAAGCUGAGUGAAGAUGUGAAAGGUUGUACAGAAAGAAUGUUGUUGUGUUUGUAUGGAGCUUUGUAUCGUGUUUUUCACCAUUCUCAAGGCUCAGAUUUUUGUCCUGAAACAGAUUGUCAAUGAGAUUUAUAGUUUCAAGUUUGUUUCAGUCUUUAUUAACAGGUUUGUCCCGUCCAAAAACACACAAAAGCUGUAUAUAAAUCACAAACAAAACACACUGAGGGAUUCAUGUAAAUAGGGAAAAAUAUUUGAACCGGUUGAUUGUAAGCUGACUGAAAAAGAUGUAAACUAAAGCUUAUUCUACCCUUCUUUUUUAGAAACACACCUACAGAGAACCCUGUAACUACACAGUUAAUUUACACCAUAACAAAACAACAAUGUUUAACCCUCCUGUUAUGUUUGUUUCUCUGGAACAGCAAUAAUGUUCCUGGGUCAAUUUGACCCGGGGCAUAUUCAAUUAUCCAAAAGUGUCAGAACCCCAAAAAAAACCAACACACAUUUUUUUAAAUCAAAUUUUUAACUCCAUUACUAACCAUUUAAAUCAAUAUUUAGUCCAUUGGUGUUCUUUAAUUCUCACAGAUCAUGGUUCAAUGAGGAUAACUCACUCGUUUUCAUUUAAAUUAAUGUUAAAACUUUUUUAAAUGUACAUUGGAAAGCCCUAAAUAUAAAUACAAUAGUUUUAAAUGACAUUUAUUUUUGGUUUUUUUAUUUACAUUUAGAUUUAAUUUUGUUUUUUAUGAAGUGAUGUUGAUAAAUUAACACGACACCUCUUCUGUCACAUGCUGCCCAGAUUUUGAUGCUGCAUUUAGCAGGUUUGGAAGGCAUGUAUUACCUGAAUGGGACUUUAAAAAGGGUCGAUUUGACCCGCAACAUAACAGGAGGGUUAAAUGUUGCACAAAAAAAUUGUCCUUCUACAUAAGAGGCAAUCCAAGUUGUCCCAAGUGUUUGUAUCCACCUUUCAGUAACCAUAUUAUACCUCAUCCAUAUACAUGUUUAUCAUCUUAUUCUUAAGCUUUUAAUUACACAAAGUGAAUUAAUAACUUUUAAUUCCUCAUCACAGCUGUUCCAAAAUAUUACCCCUUUUAUAGAUACACAUAUCUGCCUUUUAUUUGUUCUUAUCUUUGUCUUUUUAAGCACCUGCUGUUCCUCUUAAUUCAUACAUACUCUCUCAGAUAUCAAAGAAGCUCUGACUACAAUUAAGAACUGAAUUAUUUAGUGCUUUGUACAUUAUCUGUACAGCUUUAAGUUAACCUUUUAAGAGCCUUUAAAGUAAUCAAUAGUAGUUUGCUGGUUUUAUGACUCAUAAAUCUCUUCUGUAAUGUAAACACACACUUACCCUUACCUCCUCGCCGUCAGUCAUAUACGGGACUACAGGAGAAGAAUAAAGACUGUUUUGAAAUUCUGAUUCAUUGUAUUUUAAGUGUUAUAUGACAUGGUGAUGAUUUUUGAUAUUUCACUUCUGACAUUAUUUAUAUGUGGCUUCUAGCUAGUUUUAUGAUCAAUGAUCACACCCAGAAAUUCAUUUUCAUACACUCUCCAUUUCAGCGUCAUUACUCUUAUGUUUGAUUUUAUAUUAGUCGUGUACCAAAAAUAAUAUACUUUGUUUUUAGUGACAUCUUCUUACAAUGAAAUUAUCUCUUUAACACAUUAAAUUCACUUUCCACUGUGUUCAGAUUCUGUUCAAGAUUUCCUCCUGAGCAGUAAACAUGUGUAUCAUCAGCAAAUGAAACAAAUGUAACAGCUUUGACUCAAAACAGAUGUUGUUAGUAUGAAGUGUAAACGGUUUGUCUUGAUGUUACUCAGUCAGGAGGAGUGUGAUAUAGCAGGCUUUAACUACACAGACAACAUAGAUUCAACACUUGUGUGUAGAAUCAGUCAUAUGACAUUGAUUGUUCUCUUCAUACGUCAUGUACAAAAUAAAAAAGGUGAAUAUCUCAAUCUUUAUCCUUUAGAUCUGCUGCUGUAGACGAUCUGUUGGCACCAGCCAGCUGCAAAUAAGAAGCUAUCAUGACUUAAAUGUAAAUGUAAAUAUUAAAUAUUAAGAAAUUGUUAUUUAAUUUAAAGUAUCUUAUUUUAUUUUUCAGUCUCUUUAAUUUUUACUGUAAAUAUUAAAACUGUGUGGACCCUUUGUGUUGAAGAAGCUGGUGUGAGUUCAAAUCUUAAUUUGCUUCAGGCAGAGGGAUACUGAUAUAUUUUAUUAAGACUAGUACACAGAAAUGUAUUUUGAGUUUUAUUAUUUGUGAUUUGUUUUUAUGAUUACAGUCCCCAUUUGUUAUCUGUUAAGAUUAAUAUUACACAUACUGUAUCUUUCAGUGAGGCCUCAAACAUCAGCUUUCUAAACCAGUAAACCCUCUCUGAAAGGGUUUAAGAAUCAUUCCAACAGGUAGAGUAACAUAAGUGUAUAUGUGUGUGCAUAUAUUUUGUGUAUUUCUCCUGAUUUUGUCCAAUAAAGGCAAAAAUAUGUCAAA